AGUUUUCCCUUUUGAAUAUAGUACAAGCCCUCAAAUUAUAUUGGGCAUUGGGCAUCUCUGAUUCAGAAAAGAUCACAUCUCUCGUUGCAGGUUUGGAUCUCCCCGCGAUUCGCUGUUUCGGAUCCUCCAUUGUCUUACUGUAAAUUACAAUUGCUGCUGAUCCAUCCCCCAUAAACUAUUGCUUAUUAUAAUUGUCAUUUGUCGCAGCUGAAAGAAUCAAUGGCUGUGAUAUCAGUAAAUCAGUUUGAUCAAUGCAUCACCUGCCAUGCUUGGAGUCCUGACAGCUCUAUGAUUGCCCUUUGCCCGAACACCAGUGAAGUACACAUAUAUAGAUCAAUGGAAGAGAAAUGGGAGAAGGUUCAUGUUCUUCAAAAGCAUGAUCAAAUUGUUUCAGGGAUAGACUGGAGUACAAGUUCCAACAAAAUAGUUACCGUUUCACAUGAUCGUAAUUCGUAUGUUUGGAACCUGGAAGCAACAGAAUGGGUGGCGACAUUAGUGAUCCUUAAGAUAAAUCGUGCAGCUUUAUGUGUGCAGUGGAGUCCUAAAGAGAACAAGUUUGCAGUUGGAAGUGGGGCCAAAACUGUUUGUAUAUGUUACUAUGAUCAAGAGAAUAACUGGUGGGUCAGUAAGCUUAUCCGGAAAAGACAUGACUCUUCUGUUACUAAUGUUGCUUGGCAUCCUAAUAAUGUUUUCCUUGCCACAACAUCAACUGAUGGAAAAUGCAGAGUGUUCUCUACUUUCAUCAAAGGUGUUGAUACAAGGCAAUCAGGGGCAAGUUCUUCUUCAGAUUCAAAAUUUGGAGAGCAAAUCAUUCAGCUUGAUCUUUCAUUUUGCUGGUCAUUCGGUGUUAAAUGGUCUCCAAGUGGCAAAACAUUAGCUUAUGUAGGGCAUAAUUCAAUGAUUUACUUUGUUGAUGAAAUUGGUCCCUCCCCUUCUGCACAAAGUGUAGCAUUCCGUGAUUUGCCUCUUCGCGAUGUGGAGCGGAUGGUAAUUGGAGUCGGAUUUGAUUGUAAUCCAAUGGUUUUCAUUGCCGAUGAAACAGGUUUAUGGAGCUUCUUAAGGUUCUUAGAUGAAAGGAAACCAACAUCUUCAAGUACAAAGCAUGGGUCUCAGUUUUCAGAAGCAUUUGGGAUAUUUUACGGCCAAUCAAAGCAUGUAGCAAACAACAACUCGGCUGAGCCAUCACGAACCGUCCAUGAAAACUGCAUCAAUUGCAUUAUUCCACUAAAGAAAUCUGAGGAUUCUGCAGUCACCCUUUUUAGCACUUCAGAUUGUUCACGCUCUCAAAAUGAACAGGACUGGAUGGUAAAGUAGUAACAUGGGAUUUGCAGAACGAAGAAGAUUUAUUUGAAUACCUGUAGUCAUUACUACUGAAAUGCCGUCUGUACAAUUUUAAUACCAAGUCUUAGGUAUAUCUGAAUUACAUUAUUCAUCCUCAUCGACCAGAAUUAAAUUUGUAUUCACUUCUGAUUUUUUUAAAGAGCACUUGUGUAUCUCUUGUAACGGUAGUCUGAAUGGAGAACAAUUUGCAACUUAUGGUGUAUUGAUGUCACAGCUACCUUGAUUGUUCAAGGUUUGUUAUGAACAGUAGAGUUGUGACAAUAUUCUUGCUUUGAAACUUGAAAAUGUCAGUUGGAG